UACAGGGUGAGAAUCAUGUCUGUUCGAGAGUCCUUUAAUCCAGAAAGUUACGAACUUGACAAAACUUUUCGGUUAACCCGAUUCACGGAACUUAAAGGCACCGGCUGUAAAGUGCCUCAGGACAUUUUGCAGAAAUUGCUUGAAUCCUUACAAGAAAACCACUUCCAAGAAGAUGAACAGUUUUUGGGGGCUGUUAUGCCAAGAUUGGGAAUUGGCAUGGAUACGUGUGUUAUUCCUUUGAGGCACGGAGGCUUGUCUUUGGUCCAGACAACAGACUACAUUUAUCCCAUUGUGGACGACCCUUAUAUGAUGGGACGCAUCGCCUGUGCCAAUGUCCUUAGUGAUCUUUACGCCAUGGGAGUUACCGAAUGUGACAAUAUGUUGAUGCUUCUUGGCAUCAGUAAUAAAAUGACAGAUAGGGAAAGAGAUAAAAUCAUGCCUCUAAUUAUCCAAGGAUUUAAAGAUGCUGCAGAAGAGGCAGGAACAUCGGUGACGGGCGGUCAAUCAGUAUUAAACCCUUGGAUUGUUUUAGGAGGAGUGGCCACGACUGUCUGUCAGCCUAAUGA